CAUACAAGAAUGAAAUUAAAUGCCCAAAAGAAUUCCUCAAACUCUGGCGAAGUCCAAAGGAGAAAUCUACGAAAUCCCUUCAAGAAAUUUGAAAACAAAAAAUGGAGUAAGCUUGAAAGAUUCAACUUACCCAUUUGAAUAUUACGAACAACCUUCAGAGAUUCUCGUCCAUGGCGAUGACUCGCGACCAGGAAAGUCAAUCGUGUAUUAAUUAUUUAUUCACUCUUGUCUCUAUUUCAGCUUUGAAUAUUGUUCAUCUUCUUUCUAAUGUUUCCUUCCUUUUCCCCUCAUUUAUAUUUUCUAAUGCUUGUGCUCUGUAUUGAAUCUGAGAUGGAGAUGACAAAAUGGGUAACCUGUGUUUCUGAAGGAAUUUCUGAUCUGAAUCCAUUUUCUUAGUUCUUUUUGUUCAUUGAGUUGUUUGAAUGAAUGGCGUAGAUUGUAUCAUUGUGCUAUCUGAACACUAUAUUGACCAAAGUGCUAUCACAUAAUCAAUGCCUUUUCAUGGUUCUUAGAAUUUAAAGGGGUUUUGUCAAGCUUCCUCCACUCAUUAUUCUAGGUAGAGUCAAGAACCCUCUGAAGUUAGUGAGCCAAAUAUGUAUUGUUCUUAUUAGUUGGCAUACAAAAUAUGAAGAAAAAGGACAGGGGGCUUAUGUCUUUAAUAAAAAUGGGACAGUUCCCUGCUCUGUUUUCUUUCUUCUUGGUUACUUUGGUAGUUUCUUGGAGGCAUGAAACUGAAGGAAACAUGAACUUGACGAUGGAUGAUAGUGGAAAGGGCAGAAUUGGGGUCAUUGUAGACAAGAGUUCCAGGAUUGGCAAGGAAGAGAUUUUGGCUAUGCAGAUGGCUGUUGAAGAUUUUAACUCCUCCAGGAAUCAGAGCUUUAGUCUUGUUAUCAGAGACUACAAAAGUGAUCCCAAUCUUGCAUCUCUUGCAGCUAAAGAACUCAUCAGUAUGCAACGAGUUCAGGUUCUUAUAGGACCCCAAACCUGGGAAGCGACAUCCAUAGUUUCCGAGGUCGGAAAUGAGAAGCAGACUCCAGUUCUAGCAUUAGCUAAUGAAAUACCGAAGUGGGCAAAUGAGAGGUUCAAAUUCUUGGUCCAAGCUUCUCCCUCCCAGUUAAAUCAAAUGAGAGCUAUAGCUAGUAUCAUCGGUUCAUGGGAUUGGCACCUAGUCAAUGUUAUAUAUGAAGAUAGAGAUUUCUCAACCACUGAAAUAUUUCCUCAUCUUGUACAUGCCCUCAAAGACGUAGGAGCUGAAGUAAGUGAAUUUGUUGGUCUCUCACAAUUUGAUUCUGAUAUAUUCACCAAAGAAUUGGAGAGGCUAAGAAGAGGGUCUAGCAGAAUUUUUGUAGUUCAUUUGCCAUUCAAGUUGGCAAUGCGUUUAUUCGAGACAGCAAAAGAGAUGGGAAUGAUGGGAAAGGACUAUGUAUGGAUCACCACCGAUACUUUCACAAGCCUUGCACAUUCUUUCAAUGUUUCUAUCAACUCUGUACUACAAGGAGUUGUUGGAGUCAAGAGCUACUUCCCAGAAAGAAAUCCUCGAUAUCGUGACUUUUAUCUUCGGUUUUGUCAAAGGUUUAGAUUAGAGCAUUUUGAUGAGGACAACAACGAGCCCGGUAUCUUUGCAGUACAGGCUUAUGAUUCUGCAACGACAGCAGCUAUGGCAAUGAGUGAAAUCCAAGAAAAGGGUAAUGAUCACUUGUUAGAAAAAAUAGAGCUCACUGACUUUCAAGGACUCGGUGGAAAGAUUCAGUUCAAGGACAGAAAGUUAGCCCCAGCUGAUACAUUUCAGAUUAUCAAUAUCAUGGGAAGGGGUUGUAGGGAACUCGGCUUCUGGUCUGAUAAAUCAGGGUUCUCACCAGAGUCGAGGGAAAAUUUGUCGUCUAACUCAUCGAUGAAGGAUCUUAGCCAAGUGUUUUGGCCGGGUGGUUCUUCGGAAACUCCAAGGGGAUGGGUUGUACCAACAGAUGCCAAUCCAUUGAGAAUUGGGGUGCCAAAUGGUUCCAUGUUCAAACAGUAUGUACAAGUGGAAGAAGAUCCUAAGGGAAACAAUUUAACCUUCAAAGGACUUGCAAUUGAUCUGUUUAAAGAAACCAUACACAGCCUGCACGUCCCUCCGUCGUACGAGUUCUAUCGUUUCAAUGGCUCAUAUGAUGAUUUGGUGAAGCAAAUCUACUUAAAGAACUUCGAUGCAGCUGUAGGUGAUAUCGCCAUAAUAUCACGACGCUACGAACACGCCGAGUUUACACAUCCUUACUCCGAAGCAGGACUGGUGAUGAUAGUUCCUACCAGAAAAGACAAAAGCAACAAAUCAUUGUUGUUCACAAAGCCCUUUACAUUAACCAUGUGGAUUGCAAUUGCUAUGAUAAAUGCCUACAAUGGCUUUGUAGUCUGGUUCAUAGAACGAAGUCGCUAUCCAAGUCACGACGGUUCGAUGUUUAAUCACGCUGGCACCAUGCUUUGCUCAUCCUUCACGACUCUCUUCUCACUACAUGGUAACAUGCUGCAUAGUAACCUGUCACGGAUGACCAUGGUGGUUUGGUUGUUUAUGGCACUCGUGAUAACUCAAAUAUAUACCGCGAAUCUUACAAGCAUGCUCACUAUUCAAAGACUCGAACCGACUAUAUCGAAUAUUGAAACGCUCCAAAGGGGAAACGCUUUAGUCGGAUAUGGUAAGGGAUCCUUUGUCAAAAGAUAUUUGGAAGAAGUUUUACACUUCCGACCCGAAAAUAUAAAGAACUACUCCACACCUGAUGAUUUUGCUGAAGCUCUCAGAAACCAGGAGAUAUCAGCUGCUUUUCUUGAAGUUCCUUUUGUGAAAAUAUUCCUUGCUAGAUUUUGCAGGGAGUUCAUGAUUUCUGGGCCAACCUACAAAGUUGGUGGAUUUGGAUUUGCGUUUCCACGAGGCUCGCCGUUGUUAAUGGAUAUCAACGUAGCGUUGCUUAAGGUAUCUGAAACUGGGAAGUUCAAAGCUUUGGAGGAUAGCAUGAUUGCUAAUGAGACAUGUGAGGAUGAUGAUGCAAAGGAGGAAGGUUCACGCCUCAGCCCCAACAGCUUCUUUAUACUGUUUGUAUUUAGUGGAGGAGUAUCAACAAUAGCUCUCACAUUGUUCAUCUUUAGUGCUCAUAGCUCUAGUUUUCAUCAGAACGCUAUCUGGAGAUUAAUGAUAGCUGUAAUGAGACACUGGGGAAAGCAUAGGAGGUCGCCUUCUCGACGAGUAUGCGACAACCUGCAAUCGACGACCGUCUCAAAUAACUUCGUGCACAACACGAACUUACGAAUUCAGGAGGCCGUCUUCUCGACGAGCAAGCGAUGAACCACAACCAACGACUGUUUCGAAUAACUUCGCACACGACACACUUGCAAAUUCAGGUCUAGAAAAUUGUGACACCUAAUGCAAAUAAUGUGCAGAUGAGGGAGCUAUAAAGGGAAGCUUGGGAAAUCAGACAAAGUCUUUGAUUAGAAUGUAAAAAUUUAAUGUAUUAGCCUAAGAACAUGGCUGUCUUUUGUCUUUGUCUGACAUGUUCUGACUUUUAGACUAUCGAGAGAUUAACGAUUGUUGUAUAUCUAUCUUUUCCA